ACCUGUCAACUGGGACUCUGCGAGUGUCGAGUACAUAACAAGUUUAUUGGGAAGUCACUCUAGAUCGUUACCAUUCCAGAGAUCCACUUUGAUCUUUCACUAUUCACGUUCACCUCACUCAAAUAGAGGGUUGGGAUGAUCUGUUAACAGGUACUCCUAUUACUACUAGACAUGAUUUAUACUACUUGAUUUCAAUUGUUAGCAUUUUUUUGCUGUUCAACUUCUGAUCUAUUGAUCCGAAUCUAUGAACUUAAGGUACCAUUUAUCUGAUUGACCAUGUAAACACAUGGGUCAUGGAUCAAUUGUCAAAUUGUUUGGUGGGUAAUGACUAGAAUUUCGUUUAGUAGUGAUGUUUUUUGGUGGAUAAAAUUUUACCAGAGAAUUUGGACAAUUGAGAUUGUUUAUUUGCUUAAAUUGAGUAUGGAAGAACCACAAACCCCAUCAAAAGCCAAAGUUUAUAUAUUUGGGUCUUUUCAAUCUGAUAAAAUUUUGAAAAUUUGUAAGAUUUUAUUAGCAAUUAUGCUUAUUUUGGCUGGUUUAUUUUAUGGGUUUGGAUUAUUUGGGAAGAGGAAGUCUUAUUUUACGGUUGUUGUAGAUUGUGGGAGUACAGGAACUAGAGUGAAUGUUUAUGAGUGGGGAAUAAAUGAUGGUGGAAAUGAGGGUUUGCCAAUUUUAUUGCAUUCUUAUCCUCAUGAAUCAACAAAGGAAAGUUUAUGGAAUAAUGGUUGUCAGUAUCAUUGUAUGCAAACUGAGCCUGGUUUGGAUAGAUUUGUGGGUAAUUAUUCAGGGGUGAGGACUUCCUUGGUGCCAUUGUUGCGUUGGGCCGAGAGGGUUAUACCCAAUGGUCAACAUGUUGACGCCAUGGUUUUCGUUUUAGCUACGGCUGGAUUGAGGAGGCUUGCGGAGGAAGAUAGUUGGAGGGUUUUGAUGGAUGUAGAACAAGUCGUUGAACAGCACACAUUUAAGUGGAAAAGAGAGUGGAUUAGGGUUAUGAGUGGUAGAGAAGAGGGUUAUUAUGGAUGGGUUGCUUUGAAUUAUAAAUUUGGGUAUUUGAAUAAACCAUUUAAGGAGAAACAUACAUUAGGGCUCCUUGAUCUUGGAGGUUCUUCUUUGCAGGUAGUUACGGAAGCUGAUGAGAUGAGUGAGGGUAAUAACCUGUUAAUAUCGAAGAUUGGUCUCGUUGAACAUAAUCUUAUGGCUUAUUCCUUGCCUGCUUUUGGUUUGAAUAAGGCGUUCGAUAGAACAGUUGCUAUGCUUAUUCAAGUUGAGUCAAUAGGAAAUGAUGGUGGAUUUGAUGUUAGACAUCCAUGUCUUAGUUCUAAGUUUGUAGGAAAUUUUACUUGUAGCAGUUGUUCGAAUCCAGAAGCAUUAAUACGUUUGAUGGGGGAUCCGAAUUGGGAUAAAUGCAAAUUACUUGCACAAGCUACGUCAAUGAAUUUAAGUGUUUCAGAUUGGUCCAAGCGUAGCUUCAAUUCAAGUUGCCAAAGAAGAUUUUCACAUGAGGACAUUAAUAUUCUUAAUGUUGCAAUCAACACCAAAAUGGGUAUGCGCUACCAUGCUUUAUCCGGCUUCUUUGCUGUUUACAACAUGUUAAACUUGACUGAAAAAGCAAACUUGACGAAAAUUUGGGAGACCGGCCAACAUCUAUGCUCAACGAUAUGGGAUAAUGAGGCCAAUGUCUCAGGUAGUCAAUACUGUUUUAAAGUGUUGUAUUUGGCAUCCCUGAUAGAGGAUGGACUAUGCCUCGGAAAUGCAGAUAUCGUUUUUGGUCCCGGAGAUAUUUCUUGGACAUUAGGAGCUUCUUUGGUUGAAGGAGAACGUAUAUGGCAGACCGCAGGUCGUCCUAAAACGUUGAUGACAGAUUCACGAUAUAUGGAGGUCGUUUCAUCCCCCAUCGUUCUGUUUAUUAUUCUUGCGGUCUUGGUAUUUAUCGUUUACUACAGUCAGAUUAAGCUGCCUAUGCCCCGAAAGAGAAGUGCUAGUAUUGGAGCGCCUUUGCCUUCACACAAGCAAUCUAGGCACCGGCCACAUUAGUUUUGUAAUUGAUUCAUGUACAUUGAUUUGAUUCAUUCUUUGUUGUAAGAUAUAAGUAUUCACAAUUGAAUCCAUUAUAGCAAAAUUUUUUGAUUCUGAUGGAAAAUCUUCCUAUAUCUACUUUUUAAGGUAAGACUACGUA